CCUACUGUACCAAUUACCCCGCGUAUCAGGUCCUGAUACAACAUUUGAUGGUCCGUGCCCUUUGGUAUUGGGUCCUGAUACACGAAAUCAUGGCCUGUGCACGCCGCGCACCCCUGUCACAACAGAUCAGAUGGUUUAAUAACACAUUUUCGCCCCGUACUUUCCCCGAAGGAAACGCACUGCGUUUCUCGCACCAUGCUAAUGAAAUCAGAAAACCUAAAACACGAAACGCGUCGCAUUUCCGUCGGCUGACCAUUGUCAAGUACAACAGCUUCACUACAGACCUAAACAACAACAUACAUGACCGUUGUCUAUUGAAAUUCACCUGAUCAAAAUGACUGCCAUUUACAACUGGCAGCUCACCAUCACCAUGAACUCGUUAGCAAAAGGAUAUUGGCCAAGACUUUCGCAGUUACCGCUGGCGGCAAGUGCGGUGACAUCUGACAACUAGCAGAGCUUCUCACCCAAUGGCUGACAAGCAAGUCUCACAUUCACCAAUCGAG